AUGAAUUUGAUUCGGAAUCGACGAGCAGCGACAACGCGCGUAAAUGAGCCUCCAAAGCUGGUGGUUUCAGGACAAUUGCAGGCUUCGGCUUCAUUUGCUCAACAACGUAUUUGGCUUCAUGAACAGCUUUAUUUCAAUCAUCAGUCAUCUUCGUUGGCCAUUUACAAUAUUCUUGUACCCUUACAGAUCAAGCAGGGUUCGUUGUCAGUGGAACGUAUUCGACUGGCUCUACUCUCUGUGCUUGAUCAGCAUAUGAUUCUUCGAACAUCUAUUCGUUUCAAUGAGACAAGUGGUCAGCUCGAGCAACAAGUGCAACCACUUAGCCACGAUCUUUAUUCAUUUGAACAUACUCUGGGCAUAGAUUCUCCAGAACAGCUAGAAGCAAUGCUGACGGCUGAGUCAGUGACUAACCAUUUUAAUUUGAACCAAGGUAAAGUACUACGCUGCCACUUAAUGCAAAUUAGGAAAGAUGGUGAUGAUGAUAUGCUUCAUAAGGAAGAUCUACUUGUUUUUUCAAUUCACCACAUUGCAUUUGACAUCGGUUCGAUUCGACCAUUUAUUAUGACUUUUACUGAAGCAUGCAGGGAAAAUCAAUUCAGUCAUGCUAUCAAUAAGAUGACACAAUACAUUGACUUCGCACUCUACGAACGAUCUCUACUCAAAGAUCCGAGCAGCGAUCGUGCUCGCCAUUUCUGGGCAAAACUACUUCAUGGCUACAAUUGGAGCAACACAUUUCUACAGUCUGUUGCCUGUCCACAGGUACACAAUGAGACACGCUCGGGACGAGGCUAUUCGGCAGCAUUUACCCUUAAUCCACAUAUAGUUCAAGCACAGAUGGAUUUUGCUUCAUCUCACAACAUAACUAUGUUUCAGUUAUGCCUUGCAUGUUAUUAUCUAUUCAUGUAUAAACUAGGAGCCGGAGAGGACCUCUGUAUCAUAAGCGUGAUAGAUAAUCGUCGCCUCUUCCAAAACAAAUCCAUGGUUGGCAUGUUUGUCAAUUUGAUACCCUAUCGAAUCCAAAUUAAUCCGAACGAUUCAUUUAGUAAUUUUGUCUUACAAGUCCAAAGAUUGUGUUUGUCGACCAGCGAAUAUACUCAUAUACCAUAUCAACACAUGAUUAAUCUUCAAGAUAACAAACAACAUCUAAUGCCUCAGGCAUUUUUUUUAUACGAAUCACUCAUGUCUUCCAUUAAGUACAGCAGUACACUUGAAUUCCCUGUGGACGAUGAAAACGACACUAUUUUGGUUUUACACAACGAUCGGGAUCGGUCUCACGACAAUGGUGUCGCUUUAUUUGACUUUACACUAACCAUGUCACAUAGCCAUCACGACAAAAGUACUCAUUGCUUUCUGGAAUGUUCAGCCGAUCUUUUCGACGGUCCCAUAUUCCUACAAAAGCUGGCCGAUCGCUUUCAGCGCAUGCUUGAACAACUAUUUGUAGAACAAAAUCUUGAUGUUGCCACACAUCCAAUCAAUCAUCUAUCGGUGCUACUUCCAACUGAAAGUAACGAAAUUCAAUCAACCAC